AUGAAGAUUAUGCAGCUGAACCUGAACCAUUGUGCAGCGGCUCAGGACCUCCUACUGGAGUCGAUCAGGGAGAAUGAGGUGGAUGUAUGCGUCCUUAGUGAACCCUUCAGACCUGGUUUUGGAGCUGAUUGGACGUGCGACCACACCGGCAAGGCGGCUAUAUGGGUUUGUGGCAGAAACCCACACCAGUUUGGCCACCAACAGGCUGACGGCGGCUUCGUCAGGGCGCUAGUGGGCAGUGUUUGGGUGUACAGCGUAUACUUAGCCCCCAGCUUGUCAAUUUCGGACUUUGCCAACACACUGGACAGAUUAGCUGCGGACGUGAGAGACCACUCACCAGCAUUCGUCGCAGGCGACUUCAACGCUUGGGCAGUCGAUUGGGGUAGCAUGGUCACCAACCAAAGAGGGCGAUUGGUGGUCGAAGCCUUUGCUUCACUGGACCUAACUCUCCUCAAUCAAGGCUCGAAAUGGACAUUUAGCAGGGCCGGUACCGGCUCAAUUGUUGACUUAACAUUUUGCAGCAGUUCGCUCGCUCAUUUAGCGGAGUGGGGAGUCAGUGACUCCUAUACAGGGAGCGACCAUAUGGCCAUUUUUUGCAAAAUUGGAGCUCGGAGCCUCAGGUGCAUCUCUGCCGCACCUCGUUGGAGGAAUUUCUCAGCCAGCAAGCUAAACGUCGAGCGCUUUACAAGCUCGCUGAGAGAUCUGGAGGUCUCAGGCAGCGCAGAGCAGAUGGUCGAGACUGUCAUGGAAAGGCUAGAGUCGGCUUGCGUAGGCUCCAUGCCGAGUCGAGUAAACCCCUCGCUACGCCAUACACCAGUUUACUGGUGGAACGAAACCAUUGCCGCUGCAAGACGUGUCUGCAACCACGCGAGGAGGCGCUAUCAGAGAGCGCGGGGAAGACCCUCCUUCCUAUAUUGGCAAACACUCUUUAGAGAGAGUCGCAAAACUCUCAAAAAUGCGAUCAAGGAGAGCAAAAAACGGUGUUUCCUGGCCCUGUGUGACACACUGGAUGACGACCCAUGGGGCAAGGCAUACCAGAUCGUUAUAAAGAGAAUCGGGGCACGGAGAUCGCCACCACCACCGGAUGAUCUGUUGCGUGGGAUUGUCAUGGAUCUGUUUCCCAGCGUGGAGGAAGACAACGCAUGGCUGCCAGAUACAGCAUCCAACGAUGGUCUGCCGCUGAAGUUGGUCACCAGCGAGGAGGUGUUAAAAUGCGUUAGGAGUAUGAAACAAACCGGCGCUCCAGGUCCGGAUGGCAUACCCGCAAGGGCACUAAGGCUCGCCUGCUCCCUCCAUCCAGAAGCUUUUCAGCAAUGCUGA